UUCUUCUUCAAAAUUCUGCCUGGGGCGCUUCCAUAUUUGGAAGUCACAUGAGUCUUACGUCACAGCUCUGUCCCGCCUUGAACUGCCUUUGACAUUGCGAUCUCGCGGCAUCUCGUGCUAUACGAGACAAAGAACAAAGAAAAUAUGGCUGACGCGGAGUUCGAUGCUAGUGUACGUUUGGCUCUCAGUUUGCUGAAAAAUGCGCCCAUCGGAGAAUUAAAAGAUGAACAAAAAGAGGCUCUUGUUCAUCUCUUGAAUGGUGAGGAUGUUUUCGGGGUGCUACCAACAGGGUAUGGAAAAAGCUUGAUAUAUGAGAUCGUCCCAAAAUUAUUUCCAAUAUGUAGACAAAAGAAGGUAGGAACAUCGGAUAUUGAAAUGGCUGCAUCAGUGAUAGUCGUAUCGCCAUUGAUAUCGUUGAUGAAAGAUCAGGUAGAAGAGUUGAUCCAGCUGGGGCUUGACUCAGUAUACCUCAGUAGUGAGCACGAGCUAACAGAACCCGAGUUGCAGAAACUAAAGCUUGGAAAGUACGAUGUUGUAUUGGCAAGUCCAGAAUCGUGGCUGGGGAAGUACAGGUACCUCUUCAACAUCAAGGAAUUUCGGAACAACAUUUGUUUGCUGGUUGCAGAUGAAGCUCAUGUUAUACCACAGUGGGGGUUGAACCAGAAGCACAAGAAAGCUUUUAGGGGAGCUUUUUCACAGCUCAGAGAAUUGAGGGCUCUAGUAAGAAAGGACAUUCCCUUCUUGGCUCUGACAGCCACAGCUAACAAGAAGACGAGAAAGAAGAUUACACAGACACUGCUAUUAAGGAAGCCACACUAUAUUAUCAGCAAAGGACUGAGACAGGACAUUGUUGAUUGCCGUGCAGUUAAGGAUGCAGUAAGUGUAUAUGAACAUUUUUUGAACCUGCUGGGAGAGAGAUCAUAUGUAGUUGACACUUCAAAACUAUCCAGUAAUCGCCUGUUUGCCCUGUACCAUCAUAAUACAGAUGACAAAAGAAAAGAAAAUGUGUUAAAGGACGUGACAACGGAUAGUGGUCACUUCAGAGUUGUUAUCUGUACAAAUGCACUAGGCAUGGGAAUAAAUGUUCCCAACAUUUCAACAGUGAUUCACUAUGGUGUGCUCGACUCCUAUAUACAGGAAAUUGGACGCGCAGGUAGAGAUGGGAAAGAGGCACAAGCACUACUGUACUACUGUGCACGUCAUUUGUUAGGUACAGAGAGAGAUGAAGGAUUUUGUAAGAGGCAAAGAACAAUGUAGAAAAAAACAACUGUUCAAAGAAUUUGGAGAGGUAAAUGAAGGUGACCAUAGAUGCUGUGACAUUUGUUUAGAGAAAGGGAAGAGUAGCAGCAUGGAACCAGAGGCAGCAAGUCAUGCGCCUCAUGUGCCCGAUCCUCACACAGCAGUGAGAGAGCCAUCAAAUGGAGACUUAAAAGUGAUGGUAGAUUGUCUGAGGGAAUCUCAAGACAAGUGUAGGCAUUUAAAUGUUUUAGGCAUAAAUUUCUUUCCGGAUUUACUUGAAAUUAUUGCAAGUACCAGAUAAAUUGAUAGUUAUGAUUAUGUAAUCACAAACUUGAGUGUUAUACACCCUCUUGUAGCUAUAGAAAUUGUCUGUUUUAAAUGAAGUGUUCAGGGAGGAAUUACCGGUGCCCACAAUUGAUAAUGAUAUUUUUAGAAGAUAUAGAUGACUUAGUAUUGCAGUCAGUUUUCAAUCAGGAAGAGGAGGAGGAGGAGAACUCCUUUGCAGACCUCCUAGACGAGUAUGCAGUCGCAUUGAUUUUAUGUAGACAUAUUCUAGCUAGAUUGGACAUGCAUGUAAGAUGAGAGAAAAUGGCUUAAUUUUCUCUCUUAAAUAGUUGACACCCGUACACGUUAAGUGGGUUUUGAAGAAGUAUGGGCAGAAAUCAUAAAACCAUGGCUCAGAUAUUUCUUGUGACAUGUAAAUAUUGUGUACAAUAAUUGUCUACAUUUAGCUUAGUUUUAGUAUAAUUUGAACUCAAUUUUUUGUAUUGUAUAUUUAAAAAUGUUGUUUACAUGAUAUUUUUGAUAUGAUAAUUGAUCACUCUCAUAUUUCCACUGUCCGUAUUGGACUUUGGUCAGAACCAACUUUAAAUUGCACUGUAUAAUCAAUAACUGUGCAUAUAUAUGUUGCUAAUAGCUUACUUAGGCUUAUUGUAUGUAUUAGCAUGUAUAGCACUUCUUGACUUUCAGUUCACUAACAAGGGCUGACCAAAAAAUCUGGGCCAUGAAAAAUUGGAACUACUAGAAGAGCUUUUUUUUCUUUUGCUUUUUCCAAAUUUCUCUAAUAAAGGAUGUUCAGGUGCCUUCCCCUUCCUAAGAAAGAGGGAGUAAGGUUUUCGAUUCUAUUUGUCAUCCAUAUUUAAUAAAUAGAUUGAUUGAUUCUGAAUCAUUAGCUUUAUUUAAU